CUCUAUUUAAACUAGAAAGAAGCUUUCGUAUUUCUUUCACUCCAAACACAACAUACUGAAAUGGAAGGUGGAGUUGUUCUACUUGAUUUUUGGCCAAGCUCUUUUACCAUGAGAGUAAAAAUUGCCUUGGCCGAGAAGGGGAUAAAAUAUGAGUGCAAGCAUGAAGACUUGUUUAACAAGAGUCCUCUACUUCUAGAAAUGAACCCAGUUCACAAAAAAAUCCCUGUCUUGAUCCAUAAUGGAAAACCCAUUUCUGAGUCUCUCAUCAUAGUCCAAUACAUUGAUGAAGUUUGGAAUCACAAAUCGCCUUUGCUUCCUUCUGAUCCUUAUCAGCGAUCACAGGCCUUGUUUUGGGGAGACUAUCUUGAUAAGAAGAUGUACAGCUGUGGAAAGAGAAUAUGGGUGGGAAAAGAAGACCAAGAGGAAGCAAAGGAAGAGUUAAUGAAAAUCUUGAAGACCAUGGAAGGAGAGCUUGGAGACAAGCUCUAUUUUGGAGGAGACAGCAUUGGGUAUGUGGACGUUGCACUUGUACCCUUCACCAGCUGGUUUUACACUUUCGAGACAUGUGGAAAUUUCAGCAUAGAGGCAGAUUGCCCCAAGCUUAUUGCAUGGGCCAAAAGGUGCAAAGAAAGUGAGAGCGUGUGUAAGGCACUCCCUGAUCCUCUCGAGAUUUAUGGUUUUAUGUUGCAGCUCAAGAAGAGACUUGGGUUAAAUUAGGAAAAGUUACCUUGCUACGUUACAAGAAUAAAGCAUAUCAUGUUCUGUUUCUGUAGCUCUAGAG